AGCUAGACCGCUUCUAUAUUCUUGACGGCUUUGGAGAGAUGUCGCACGCACUUCUCCGUUUCAACUGAUCCCGAAUCCUUAACCUCAGCACAUUACCGACUUUGCGGCAUGGGGCAUGAACGACACUACCGCUCAAUUCUCAAUGCACUUAGGUCAAACAGCCGUUGCUGUAAGGCAAGACUAUGUCCACAAGAAUUUCGCCGGUAUAAUACCAGUUGCCGUCCUAAAGCGCCACUUCAAUGUCUCGAACUCCUAUGUAAUCUAGUGAUUUAUACAUACCACCCAUGGCACUCGUAACCUACAUCCUCGUAGCAGCGCUACAAACUGGUCUUGAAGAACGGUUUCAUCCCCAAAUCCUCAGCGCAAGUGCAACACGCGCUCUCCUUGUCGUCCUACUCGAUUUUCUCCUCGUCCAAUGCGGCCGCUACCUCCUCAAUAUCCAAGGCACAGGUCCAGUAAUAGAUUUGAUUGCUUAUGGCGGGUACAAGUUUGUCGGCGUCAUCCUCACGCACUUCAUGGGUCUCCUCGAUCUAGGCUCAGCCAUAUAUGCCCUCGUAUUUGUCUAUGCGCAAACGCCUUAUUCAUACUGUAACACCACCGUCAGACCUCGGACAUGGCCGGGUUCAAAGACAAAGGAGCUUCCAUGGAUCUGGGAUGAUUUUUAGUAUAUAGUAAUCACCCGCGAACCGCUUCUCGUUGGCCAAUCUUCCAAC